GAGGCAAAAUAAGCAGACUAUUGUGAGAGAGCGGAACCGGAAAAGAGUAACUUCCUGUGUUUUUCCAGUUGUGUUUUCAAACCAGGAAGAUGGGCCCCGGUUAUGCUAAAUGGAUUAUAACAGUGGUAUUUUGCUGGCUCGUUCAAAUUGCAAGCAGUAACUCGGUGGAGCAGAAGAUCUAUGUAGAGUUGAAUAACACGGUGCCAUGCGUUCGCCUGCUCAACGCGACUCAUCAGAUGGGUUGCCAGUCCUCUAUAUCAGGGAACACUGGGGUUCUCCAUAUGCUGGAGACGGAGUCAGACUUGGAUAUAAUACUGAACACAGGCCCCCACCCCCCCUACAUGGUACUCAUGGAUGCUGCGUUCUUCAACAGCAACACCAUGAUGCGGAUGAAGAACUCUACCCGAGUGGCAGGAGUUGCAGUGGUGAUCUCCAACUCUGGCCCUCCCCAGGGGUUCUCCCCACACAACAAAUGCCCCAAUCAGAACACAGGCGUGUACUCAGACACCUAUGGUCCUCGGCUGGCGGACUGUAAUGGGACUGUGUGGAAUCCUCUGGGUAAUGGGUUGUCCUUCGAGGACUUCAAGUUCCCCAUAUUCUCCAUGAAGGACGACAACCAGACUGAAGUCAUCCGUAAGUGUAUUUUGGACCAUAACAUGGGCGUGAAUGGUAGUGUGCCGACGUACCCCCUGUGUGCCAUCCAGCUCUUCUCCCACAUGCACGCUGUCACCAGCACAGCCACCUGUAUGAGACGUAACGACAUCCAGAACAACUACAGCCUUAACCCAGAGACCUUCUGUGAUCCCCUGGGGGAUUACAAUGUUUGGGCUCCUCUCCGCCCAAUCAAUUUCACAGACAAGGGACACAAGGCCAAUGAGAGUGUGGUAGUUGCAGCAACCAGGCUGGAUGGCAGGUCGUUUUUCUGGGACAUUGCCACGGGGGCAGAGGGGACUGUCGCCGGAUUCGUCACCCUGUUGGCCGCAUCCCAAGCAUUGAAACCUACGGCCCAGCAAGCCCCACCCCCUCGCAACAUCCUCUUCACCUUCUUCCAAGGGGAGGCCUUUGACUACAUCGGUAGCUCCAGAAUGGUGUAUGACAUGGAGAAUAAGAAUUUUGUGAUCGACUUGGACAACGUCCACUCAGUUCUGGAGAUAGGACAGGUGGGGCUGCGGAGAGGUACAGACCUGUAUAUGCACACUGACCCCAUCUCGCGGAGGAACAACAGCAGCGUCAACGAGGAGGUGGAGAUUUUGUUCAGCAAUAUGUCUUCGGUUGCUGCAGGGCUUGGCCUCACGCUGGCUCAGCCCACUGUCACUCAGCCCCUCCCGCCCUCCUCCUUCCAGCGCUUCCUCCGAGCUCGGUCAAUCCCAGGCGUAGUCUUGGCAGACCACCAAUCGGCUUUCAACAACAAGUACUAUGAGAGUGUGUAUGAUAAUGCCGCCUACCUGAACGCCAGCUACCCACCUGACCUCACCCCAGAGGAGCAGCUAGAGCACGUCACAGACGCCGCUCUGGCGUUGGCAGACGUGGCAACACUGGUGGCUCGUUCUCUCUAUCUUCAGGCAGGAGGGGAGGAGUCUCAGAUCCCGAACAUCACCGCUGACCCGAAGAUAGUGACCCAGUUGUUGUAUGGGUUUCUGAUCCAGUCUAAUAACAGCUACUUUAGGUCUCUGACCAACCCUGAGGAUAACUCACUUCUGGAGUCUCAGGCUCCACAGUACUAUGUGGGAGUACCCAUUACUUCCAGCACCAUUAAGCGCUCCACACGUAUGGUGCAGUACCUACUGGCUAACUACACGGGCAACCCCACCAGCCUCAACCAGUCCAAGUGCCAGGACCCCUCAGGCCUGCCUGGGGAGAGCAAGGAGCUCUACACUUACCUGUGGGUGCGGGGCUCCAAUGGCUCGGAGUCAUCCCCGUACUGCUGUCGCUCGACGGUGCGGAGGACAAAAGCCAUCUCGCCGGCCUUUGACCUCGACCUCAAGCAGUACGAUUCCCAAAUCUACUCCACAUGGACCGAGUCCCGCUGGAAGCUCAUCCGCGCCCGCAUCUUCCUGGUGGCCAGUCACGACCUCGAGAUGCUGACCCUGGGAGUGGGGAUCGCCGUGUUGCUGCUCUCCCUCCUAAUCACCUACUUCCUAAGCAGUAAGGCGGAGCUUCUGUUUGCCCCCGCCCAGGAAUCCCCAGGCACCGCCUACUGACAGCUGAGAGUGUGGACCACAAACACAGAGAUGGACACACGCACAUGCACCCACACGCACAUGCACCCACACCCACACGCACACACACACACACACACACGCACAAACACACACACACACAUACACGCACACAUGCACUGUUGGAGACAUGCAUGCAUGUACAAAGGACACAUAGACACACAGACAACUACUCUCCCACACGUAGGAAAACACACCCAUCGUUGCAGACCACAUUCACAGAGACAGUUGUAGUGGCCUUGCCCCUUGGGUGGACUCUGGCUGGACAACUGGUUUGAUUUUGGCAAGCCAGAAACCAGCUGGCUAAUAGAUGUUCAUAUUCUUUUUUUUUUUUUUUAUGUUUUAAAAUCACACAGUUGUGGCUUUGUUUUCCCUCAUGUGGGUCAGGCCCAAGAAAUCGGAUUGAUUUUAUAAGUUUAACGUAAAUAGCGGGAAUGUUAGUGAGCUGACAUGGAUGUGUAUGUACGCGUGUGUGUGUGUGGUAGGGCUAACAGAAUGAGUGUUUGUGUGUGUGUGUCUGUGUGUGUGAGUGUGCAAUAGUUUUCUCCACAUGUAGAGUGAUCAUUGAUGAUUUGAUCUUUGUAAAAUUAAGCGACUAACCUUUCAACACAUUCCGCCAUUUAGUUUUUGCCUGUAGUCUCUCCUGAUCCUAACCCUGCUUGGGGGAGCAGACAUUGGGCUGAUUGGCUAACUGACAACUCAGACAGUCCAGAGCUGUACCUCUGCCUCUUCAUCAGAAAGAGAGAGGAGGAUGGGAUGGAGGAGGAGGAGGAGGAGGAGGAUGAUGGAGAUGGAGAUGAGGAGAGGAGAGAUUGAAAGGCAGGAUGAAAAAGGAGAGCCUGAGUUCCCGGGAGGCUGACUGUGAUGUAGUUGGUUCAUAUAAGUGGUGGAUCUGCUGUAGAGGUGGUCAUCCAUCAUCUGGGCACUAGGGGGCCAAGGUUGAGGCAGGAAGGAGAGUUUGUGAGGCGGAGAAAUGUACUGAAAACUCUGAAUUAGAUGUGGAAACCUCUCAUCAUCAGUGAGAUGUCAAAGCAACCUUUAAAAAAAGCAGGUUUUGGGAGAUAAUUAAAGAAGCAGACAAGAAGAGGCAGAAAGUGCUUAUGACUGAGAGGUCAAACAGCACAAAGGGCUUUGGGAAAUCCCUGGCAACGGGCAGGAAUUAUUGAAAUGCAGUGGUUUAGCUUCAUUGACUACGCAGCAUUAGCAAGAGCAGCCUUCCGGUUUCGCUUGUCAGGAUUAUUCCGGAAAGAAUUGGGCCCUGAUCAGGGCCGGAUCUGCUCCAUAGACGGCUGCUGUGUUAAUCGGUCGGUCCUGACUGAAAGGUCGGGAGAGAGGCAGGGGUGAAGGGCAGAAUGGUGGAGUGAACAGAUGCAGUGUUUUAGUCAGUACAGUGAUGCUCGAUCCCAAGGAGCAGACAGCUUUGAAACGGAACCGGGCCAUAUCCAGGCCGGAUCAGUCCUAGAACCGAGGAAGAAUGAGACAACGGAAGAAAAGGCAGAAUGACCACUACAAACCCUAUUUUGAUUCUAGUCUUUGAGAGAGAAGAUUGCUUUUUAUAUGUAGAAAUCAGUCUUUGAGAUUGUUUUGUGCUCUUUUUUUUCUUUUUCUGGCAGAACCAAAUGUGAUGGAAUAAUUAGUUUUCUUUUGAUUGCUCUUUUGUAGGGUGUUUGGGGGGGGGUGGUAUGAUUUGAUUUCCAUGAAUUCAUUUUCAUGAAUUGUGGGGCAUUUCAGAAUCCAGUGAUGGGUAGGGGUUAAGGGUUAAAUUGGAGGAAGGGGAUUGAUGCCUGGACAAACGAAUAAAACAGCUUCUUUUCUA